AUGGAUGGAAAUUGCACUAACCCUCGAAAGUUUUCGUACCAAACAUUGGCUUGUGCCACUAAUCAUUUCUCAGAGAAAGACAAACUUGGGGAAGGAGCAACUGGUUCAGUUUUUAAGGGAUUCUUAAGGGAGUUGAGCUGCUCUGUGGCGGUGAAGAGGAUACUAUUUGGUUCUAAAUAUGGCAUGGAGUCAUACCUGCCAGAAGUGAAGGUCUUAACUAAACUGAAGCAUGAAAAUUUGGUCAAUCUCGUUGGCUGGAGCUGCAACAUGAAAGAACUUCUCAUUGUUUACGAAUUUGUUGCAAACAAGACCUUGGAAUAUCAUCUUUUCAAGGAAACAGUCUUCUUGACAUGGGGUCACAGAAAGACCAUCGCUUGGGGCUUGGCUUCAGCAUUGCUUUACUUACACGAAGAACGUGAGCAAUCUGUUCUACAUUGUGAUAUCAAAUUAGACAAUAUCUUGCUGGAUUCAAAUUUCAGUCCCAAACUCUGUGAUUUUGGCCUGGCAAGACCUGUGGAACAUGAGCAAGAAUCAGGUUAUCCUACUGUUUUGACUGGGGCGCCAGGGUACCUGGCACCUGAGUGUAAGAAAAGUGGGAAGGCUUCGAAGGAAUCGGAUAUUUACAGCUUUGGCGUGGUGGUUUUGCAAAUGGCUUGUGGAAAGCCAGCUGUGGAACAAUUUCAAGAAAACGGUACGAAAUUUGAGCUCAAGCUGGUGGAUUGGGUCUUGGAGAAAAUUGAAGGAGGAGAAAAUGUUUCUGCUGUUGCUGAUCCACGUUUAGGCCUAAGUUAUGAUGAGAAGGAGAUGGAACAAUUGAUUGUUGUUGGGCUUUCUUGUGCUAAUCCAAACCCAUAUGAUCGCCCUUCAAUUUGGGAGGUCAUCAAUAUGUUAAAAUGCUGA